AUUUAUUAUCUAUUUGAAAUAUUAUUUAGAAUUUUAUUAUUGUUUUUGUUAAUUUCAACAAUUAUGAUUCCUGUUCAAAGCUAGCGUUAGUAAUACUAGUAGCCAAUAAUAGUAUUAGGUUAGAAUAAUAGAUAAACUAUACUUCCUCAACAAUUAAUUUUGAGCACAUCCUCUAAUAGAGCAUAAAAUAUAAGUAAUGUUUAAACUGUUUAAAACAGCAUUCAAAACUCAAGAAAAAAUUAAUUAUUUGGUUCUUUAUCUCCAAAAACAAUAAGUAAAGAGUCUUUUGAAAGAAAUCCUAAUAGCAGAAAUCUAUUCUCAUCUUAGAUUAGACUUAAAAGUGAUACGACACAACCUUUAUAUGGGUCAGAAAUUCAAAAUUUUAGAAAUACUUCUAGCGAUUAAAGACACAAUGCUUCUGUAUAUUCAAAUCACUCUAAUUAAUUUAGGAGCAGCUAAAAUAUAUAAAAUUUACAAGCAUUUUCUUAAAAUCAAGUGACAACAAAUGAACAAAACUUAGCAUAAGAAAACUAAUAAGUAGCUUAUUAACAAAUAAGACUUUCAGCAAGUGCUCUUAAGCAAUUAAAAUAUAACAAUUCCCCAACUGUCUUAAGCGAUUAUAAUUAUUCAGGUUUAGGAAAUAAAAAUGUAUAGAAUUUUGAGAGUCCCAAUAACAAUAUGGAAUCAUAAUAACAAUAACAACAAAGCUACAAUGAAAAAAAUAUAAAAGGCGAUUACGUUUUGAUGUAAAAAAUAAGUGAAUAAUAGAAAUAAAUAUAAACUUUGAUUGAUGAGAAUGAUGGUUUGACAAGAAUUACUUAGCUACUUUCUGAAGAAAAAAAUUCUCUAAAAGAUGAACUAAAAAUUUUAAAAGAAGAAAGAAUUUAAGUUAUUCAUAAGAUUCAUGAAGAUGAUAAAAUUUAAAGGUUGAAAUAAAGAGUAAAAGAAUUAGAAGAGAAUAAUUUAUAUGUAAGAAAAUAGUUUUCUGAAUUAGAAAUAAAUUUAUUAGAAAAAGAAGCAACAAUAAAGACAUAUUAAGAAACUAUUUAAGAUAGGUCUGAAGCCAAUUCUGAAAAACUAAUCAAUAUUUACAUAGAAAAUGAGGAAAAGUAUAAAAAAAGAAUUAAGGAAUUGGAAAAGGAAAUCAAAAAGUAUGAAAAUACAUUUUAAGAGUAAACAGCAAAGAUGAAUGAGUAGCAAAUUAAAUUCUAGCAAAAAGACUUAAGUAUCUAGCAGCUUCAAAGCAAUUAGAUGAACGAAAAGCUUAAAUUACAAGAAGAAAAUAAUGAAUUAAGAAAAUAUAUUAAGCAAAUUCAAGAAGAAUAGUAAAUAAAAGCAUUUAAUGUUUCUUAAAACGAAUAAGAAUGCUAAAAGGAACUUAAAAAUCACAUAGAGUAAUUAAAUAAGUAAAUUUAGUUGUAUACAGAAUAGCUGAACAAUCUACAAGAUAACUAUGACCUUAAAGCAGAAGAAUAUAAAAAUGUGCUUUAUGAGUCUGAUAAAAAAUCAAAGGAAAUUAGAGAACUCAACAUCUAGAUAGCCUAGCUUAAAAAAGAUAAAGAUGAUAUAUUAGAAAAACUUAAAAUAAUGAUGAAUGAAAAUGAUAAGUUAUCAAAUAUACUUCAAUAGAAGGACAGUGAACAACAUGCAAACUAAUAAAGAUUAUUAUAGAUUGAUGGUCUCAAAAGCAAAUUAUCAGAAUAGCUAGAUAAAAUUAAUAACCUAGAAAAAAUAGUGAAAGAAUUUGACUAAUUCAAAAAAUAAUAAAUUAUAGUUGUUGAAAAGAAUGAAAAUCUAAAUAUUUAGUUACAGACAAUUGAAAAAAACCUUUAGGAAAAAUAGAAUGAAAUACAAAAGCUAAACGAAUCUUUAUCAGAAAAAAAUGAAAUAAUAUUAGAAAAAGCCAAAAUUAAUGAUGAAAAAAUAAGCUGUAUUAGAUAAAAUGAGUAACAGCUUAUUCAAAUUUCAGAAAAAUUAAAUUAGGUAAGUAGUUCGUUAGAAGCUACCACGAAGUAGAAUGAAUUACUUCAAUAGCAAAUAGCAUAGUAAAAGAAAGAAACAGAACUACUUUAAGAAUAGAUUUAAUUCUAGGCAGAAUAAAUUUAACAACAAAAGUAGUAAAAAAAAGAAUUAGAGUUAAAAAUAGUAAAUUUAGAUUAAGAGCUUACAGAUAAAAAACUCUUAAUUAGUUAAGAUGAAAUUUAGGCAAAUGAAGCAUCUUCUCGUAUCGAUAAACUAUCAGAAGCCCUUAAGAGUGCUGAAGAGGAUUUAAGAUAAAAAGAAAUAAUUAUAUAAGAGCUAUCAUAAUCAAUAGACCAGCUGCAAGGAGUUAUGAAAUAAGUUGCUAAUGAUUAAAAUCUUGAAAUUAGCAAUCUUAAAGAAAGUCACUAAAAAGAAAUAUAAUACCUAUAAGCUCUUAAUGCUCAAUUAGAAAAAGAAUAUUUAAAAAAAAUAGAGGAAAAAAACAUGAAAAUUAAUUCUUUAGAUGAUAGGAUAAAGUUUUACAAAAAAGAAGUUUCAUAGCUUAAUGAAGAAGCAAAAGAAAAUGAACAACAAAUUUAAAUGAAAAAUUCAGAAAUAAGCAAUUUAAAAGUAAACAUUUCUGAUUUAUCUUCACAAAUCUCUAAUAUAGCAAAGCACCUAAAUGAGUCAAAGCUAUGUGAAGAAACUUUGUAAGAAAAAGUAAUUAACUAUACAACAUAAAUAAAUGAAUAUAAAAGUGAGUAAUAGCAAUAAUAAUAGCUUAUAUCUAAACUCUCAAUUUCAUAUGAUUUCCAUUCUAAUUUAGAAAAACAACUCUCAGUAUUUGAAGAGAAAAUAAAAGAAUUAGAAAGAGAAAGGGUAACCUUGAACACUAAAAUAAGUGAACAUGAGUCUAAUGGAAUAGAAACAAAUUAAAAAAUUAAAAUACUUGAAGAUAAAUUGUAAUUCACAGAAAACUCUUACAAAGAUUUACAAAAUUAGUAUGAACAAAAGGAAAAAGAAUACAUCUUUCUCCUUAGAAAAUCUUAGGACUUAGAAAAGCAUCAAAAUAUUGCUAAUUUAUCAGAAGGAUUUUAAUUCAUUAAAAGCACUUACGAGUUUCUUAAAGACAAAGAACAGGCUGACGAGAAUCUUAGAUUAACAGAACAGGAACUAAUAAAACACAAGCUAAAAGAAUAUGAAAUACAAAACUCAUAAUUAGAUGCCUUGGUGAAGUAAUAUAUGAAUUAAAUAGAAUAAUUAAAAUCUGUAAACACCUAGAAAGAUUAAGAGAUUUAAGAAUACAAGAGAAAGAUGAUGAAUUUACAGGACGCCUUAAACUCUAACUUAAUAGAAAAAUCUAUUAUUGAAGAAGAACUUGACUCUAUAAAAGAAGAAAAAAGUGAUCUUAAAACCAAAAUGAAUGAAUGCUAACUAUAAAUUUCAUAGAUAAAAAAUGAAUCAACUCUUACUGCCGAAGAAAUGAAGAAUAUAUAACAAAAUUUAACUCUAAGAAAAGAAAGCAAUUAAAAUUUACAAAAGAAAUUAUUAGAGACUUCUUAAUAGCUGGCAUUUGCAUUGAAUUAGCUAUAGCAAAUAUAAAAGUCCAGAUACUAGAGUCCUAUUAAAUCUGUUGAAGAAAAUUCUUAAGAAUAAGGUUUCCCUGAUAAUCAAAUAAUUUCUAUCAAUAAUUAUGACACGACUUAAUAAGCAGGUUUAACAAAUAAUGAUACUCUUGUAUCAAACCUCAGCAGAAGCCCAGAUUCUAAUGCUUGA